AUGCAUUACACCGAGUGUCUCAGCGGUACCGGCACUGGACACAACGAAAAUGCUUUUGAUAUGAAUAAUGAGUUAAGGAAAGCAGCUGUUAUGUUCCUACGAAAUGCCAUUGGACGUAUACUGGCCGACCGUGAUAUCAAGAAGAAGGAACAUGCUCAAUUACGAAAAGCAUGCGAACAAGCAAUUGAAGAGCUCUGUACCGAUGGGAUGGAUGAAGGCCAUAAUAUCACGAUGAACGUACUACCAUCAAAGGCUCACUUUAUACAUGCUGAUCGAUACUUUCUGCCCUUUGACCUUGCUUGCCAUUCCAAAUCACCACGAAUUGUUAUUAUCGCCCUUGAUUGUUUGCAGAAAUUAAUUGCAUACGGUCAUUUGGUGGGUAGUGGAAUUGAUGUGACAAAUCCAGAUCGUCUUUUAAUUGAUCGUAUUGUCGAAGCCAUAUGUUCACCUUUCUAUGGUCCAAAUACGGAUGAAGGUGCAAUAUUAGCAGUUGUACUCGCACCAACAUGUGAAGUACAUAGAGGUACGCUUCUUUUGGCAGUUAGAACAUGUUUUAAUAUUUAUUUAGCUAGCCGAAGUCCGAUCAACCAGUCAACUGCAAAAGCUUCCUUAACACAGGUAAUUAAUACAGUCUUUGGAAGUACAUUGAAUGCCGAAGAUGUAACUUCAUCGCCGCACCAAAAUGAUGAAAAAGUUGUGCGAGCAGUCGUUAAGUAUUUGGUAGAACAAGUAUCAAUGCAUACGGAUUCGGUAUCAAACCAUAGUAAUCAUCAGAAUUCAACUUUCAAUUUAGUAAUAACUGAAAUAUCAGUAUCAUCAUCGCUUGCGUUGAACCCAGUAUCAACAGCAGAAUCAGGUGAAAAUGUCAAUGAAGAUGUACCAUCCACACACUUGCAUUUCCGAACUGUGCAGGAAGAAGAUGCAUUCCUUUUGUUUCGAGCACUUUGCAGACUUUCAAUCAAACCGAUUCCUGAGCGAGCUGAUCCGAACAGUCAUGAAUUACGUUCAAAAGAAUUAUCGUUGGAAAUGUUGUUGCUGAUUGUGCAGAAUCCCUCAUCUUUGAUACAUUCCUCACAGCCUUUUGUACUAGCAUUACGGCAUUUAUUAUGUGUUUCACUUUCACGGAACGGUGUUUCGCCAGUUGUUACUGUUUUCGAGAAAUCAUUAGCCAUAUUUGUACAACUAGUCAAUAAAUUCAAAAUGCACUUGAAGGUUUUCUUCAAAGAAAUAAUAUUCUCAAUAUUGGAAAGCAGUUCAAGCUCAUUUGAACACAAAUGGAUCGUAAUCAAUACGUUGGAAAAGAUUUGCGAAGAUCCACAAAGUAUGGUUGAUAUUUAUGUGAAUUAUGAUUGCGAUCUUACGGCAACUAAUAUAUUCGAGCGUAUCAUUGAUGGUUUAUUCAAAGUUGCACAGGGAGGAUCUACAUCUGAUUACGGAAGUUCAGCUGCUGUGUUACAAAAACAACGUGAACGAUCUAUGCGAAUUCUGGGAUUAGAAUGUUUAGUUGAAUGCUUGCAGUGUAUGGUUGAUUGGUUUGAUGAUAUUAGUUCUAGUCGACCUGUUGUUGAUGAUACGGAAAGUAUGGAUGCAUCAUCGGCUGAAGCGGCGAUGCUACAAACUUCAGCUGUGCAUCAGUUUGAGCAGCUGAAGCAAAAAAAGGAAACAAUGGAGCAUGGAAUUCAUCUAUUCGCUCGAAGAACUAGUCAAGGUUUGAAGUUUUUACAAGAAAGACAGUUAAUAGGUACCAAACCGGAAGAUAUUGCCGCAUUCUUUCACAAUGAAGAUCGAUUGGAUAAGACCGUUGUUGGUGAUUAUCUUGGAGAUGAUACUAAAAAUUAUGAAAAUUCAAGCUUCAACAAACGAGUGAUGUACGCCUAUGUAGACCAAAUGGAUUUUUCGAGUCGAGAUUUCGUUACUGCUCUGCGACUGUUCUUAGAUGGAUUUCGCCUUCCUGGUGAAGCCCAGAAAAUUGACCGAUUAAUGGAAAAAUUCGCUUCACGAUAUUGUGAAUGCAAUCCAAAGUAG